AGAAGUUUUCCACUGCCAGACAACCUUGAGUUCAGAUCCAGGAAAUGGAGAAGACAAUUGUUAUUAUAUUAAUCCUUGUGAGUGCUUCAGGGAUCCUGACUCAGACGGAUAUGAGUGACAAGGUGUUUUUCAUCCCCAAAGAAUCUGCCACAUCUUACGUGCGUCUUAAUCCAAUGAAAAAUGGUCCUUUUGCCAGCCUUACAGUUUGUCUAAAAUCAUAUACAACACUGACACGGGCUCAUUCACUCUUCUCUUUGGCAACACCAAACAAAGACAAUGACUUCCUCCUGUUUCAGGAUAAAAAUAAUAAGUUUUCUGUAUCAAUAGGCAACCAAGAUUGGUAUUUGGAUAUACCAGGCACUGCAGUAGUGAGGAGCAUCUGUGCCAGCUGGGAUUCUCUGACUGGAGAUGCGGUUGUAUGGGUCAAUGGCAACCCAUACCCUAGAAAUAUAUUUAUGAAAGGGUACAAAGUCAAUGCCAACCCCAUCAUUAUCAUUGGACAGGAACAGGAUAGUUAUGGUGGAAAGUUUGAUGCUGCUCAGUCCUUGGUAGGAGAGAUAAGUGAUGUUCAUAUGUGGGAUAGAGUCCUGACCUCUCAGGAACUUAAGCUGGUACUGUAUAACAGGGGCAUGGUUGGCGAUGUAAUUAACUGGCAAAACUUAAACUAUGAAACAAAAGGUGAAGUCAUUAUACUUCCACAAGUAUGUAAAAUUCAUUACUACCCUGAUUCUUGCUAUAAUCCUACAGAAGAACAUGUCUAUGUAUAAAGGGCUCUGUAACUGCCUAGUAGGUCUUACAGGAAAUGAUUCUUUUGAUAUUAUUGCUGUUACACCCUAAACCUCUCUUUAUAAAUAAACAGACACGUGCAAAUAAAAUAAUGCAUGUUUAAUGAAUGUAUAAUUAAAUGGAGUGUAGAACAAAAUAUUUAUUUUGAGCCUCCUUUACAUAUAUCCAUUUAUUUGUAGACUAGGCUUCCUUAUAGUACUCUAUCUCCUCCUGAGUCUGUUACAGAUUUAAUUGACUUAUCCAGCAUAUAAUUUUUAUCUUGUAGCUCUUACACCCACCCUCAAUUGAUUAUUUAUUUAAUCGACUGAUCCUGUGUAUAUAUAUAUAUAUUUUUUAGCAUAAUUAAUGUGUAGUUCUCAUACCUACCCUCAAAUGAAUUAAUAUAUUGUGCUAAUUUCAUUCCCUAAUGAACUGAUAGGUUUAGUUAUUUUAUUACCCUACUCAAGGUUUUUUAAUUGAAUCUCUGAUUGUUGUUUUAUUAUUCUAUGUAUUGCAACUUUUUUCUUUUUAUUGAAUGUUUAGUGUACUUAUUUGAUAUUUUUUAAUGUAAUGAUUUAUUAUAUAAUAAAACACUGAUUGAUUGAUAAAUUUAA